AUGGCGACGCACAAACCUACUAUUUUCAACCAGCAAAUCUAUGAAACUUUCCCACAUUGGAUCUGGAGCUUUCCUCCAGAUAAGUUUUUGAACUUGCGGUUCGAACACUGGGAAAUUCCCUCGCCAGUCAAAGUCAAACACGCAAUGAAACUCUUGGCAAUUGGCGAUAUCUGGCACUUGCCUAGCGUGUGGCAUGAAGCAAGGCCCUGUUGCAGCGCAGACGAUGGUGAUUAUCUGAGUGCUGUUCACAGAGCCCAUCGACAUCAUCCCGUCGUCUCCAGUGUUCGCUGCCGGGAAAAGAUCCGGUUCUCAGCUGUCGCCAACGCCAUCCGAUUUCUUGAGUCACGUCUCUCCCCAAAACAACGGUUCGACAUUCGAAGUCUCAUCCUCCAUGAAGACCUGCCAUCCGUUAACCAGCCGUCUGCUCAUGCUCAGGGACUGGCCCCCUUUUACCGAGAGAAUCCUCACCUACGAAUCGAACGCCGCGUCAACCUGAUGGGUUGUGUAAACGCCACCCUCGCAUCUCCUUCCUGCGUAGCAAACCACUUUCAAUUUCCCGAUGAUCAACCUGAAAGGCUGAGGCCAUUUUCGCACGAGCCAAGACGCAGAAUUACCCAAUGGCUACUAGAUGCACUCGCUGUGACCGAAGUUGGUAUUCCCGCCGAUGCCUACACACUGGUCCUACAGGCAGGCUCUUAUCAAGACUACUUCACGGAUCAGUUUCAGCGACAAAUUCAUCGGGAGAUUGCAUGGCAUAAAGCCUUCAAGGUGCUGAACCAGGACUGUCCUUUCAAUGGGCCAGUUCACAAACUUCAUCAAGACGUUCAAUUGACUAUGAUAGACCCACAAGAGGUUGACGCCGUCGAGACCCUGCUGAACGGAACCUCACCGAUCCUGCGCGCUGAUUUCAACAUUGGUGUUGCACAGGAGUAUGAUAGCAUUAUCAACGACACGGGGCAUCUCCAUGUGGGGGAUUGGAAGUUCAAAAAGUACUGUACUUUGAGCGAUUCCUUUGAACGGCCGACACAUGAAGUAGACUACCGAACCAGGCUAUCACAAAAUUUCGAGAUCCAGACUGACUGA